GUGAGAACUUGCAAACCAAGUUCUCUUUCGUGAAAGUCAUUUGUUUCCUGUGGCGGACGACAGCACAAGGACAUCAGGGAUCAUAGGUACAUACAUACUGGGCCGCAAGUAACGUAAACGCUGUCUCCUGACCCUGAGAAAAUAAAUAUCAAUGACCCAACCGUAAACCGAACCAACGUAAGACUCAAUUAUGGCCAUCUGUGAUGGCAGCGAGAUCGCCUUGUCGGCCAAUGCCCUCAGCCCUGCCGGAACCCGGUGGCGUCGUUUUUUUUCCGCGCUGCGGUUGUGGGCGUGGUACCCUCGACACGGCGAGCUGGAGCUGCGUAGGGAAGAUUUAGUGCAGCCAGCGCUGGAGCAUGUGGAGCAUGCGAGCUCCUUUUCCAGUGCAACAGCCGUUGUGGAUCAUAAAAGACCUGCGAGGAAUUCUGCAGAAGCAGGAGAACCUGAACCGCCCAACACGACCUCCUGCCCUCUGGGAACCUUCGCGAGCCAGCUGUUUCUCGCUGCGGUCUCUAACGCGAACGAUCCGAGUGUCACUGACUUUUUGACGGAUCCAAACUCCUUCUUCCUGGCGUGGCAGGCAGUGGAAGCGCAGCAGCAGCAUGGAGAUCCGGGGCAGGCUACAAGUGCUGCACAAGUUCUUGUACUGGAAGGUGUCAAAGCUGCCGAUAGCAGUAAGGAACGACCUGGGAGGCAUGCUAAAAAUGAAGGAGCUUCUACCACUUCAGAAUCCCCACCUUCGUCCUCCUCCCCGUCAUCUCUCGUCGACACCCUGCUGACCCGAUUUCCGGAAGACAAAAGCCUUAUCCCGUGGGCGCCACUCUUCCGAGCGUUGGCAGCGCCGAUAGUCGACAUACUGGAGCUGCGCGAUCAUGACGCUGCUAGUAGUGCUCCUGAUUCAGCAUUUGAUGAACAGCUACAGCAGACAACGCUCGCGACCGCGAUUUUCUCCGGGUACCUGUGCCCAGAGGUAGAAUAUAUACCCAACGAUAUACCCAAACCUGCGUAUUUAGAUUUGGUCGGUUUAUUGAAAAUUCCUCGAUAAGUAUUGAAUCGUCACUCUUAUCUAUCCCACGAAAAAAGUGUAUACAGUUACACACUUGUAGUGAAUUUAGCAAUGCAAAUUUCUCUGCACGAGAGAGAAAACCUGCAAUGCAGAAAUCCUACAGGAAAAUACAUACGAAAUUAGGCUCCUAUGUAUAUCCGGCAUGACAGAGCUUGUCUGUCUUGCUUGGCCUGCAACGCAAUGUGUAAUUGUGCAACUUUUUUUGUGCGAUAUUAUCCAACUCGUCGGCCCUGCUGGUAAAACGACUCAAAAACAGCAGAGCGGAGUGGUGGAAUUUGCAUGCUUCUUCGUCUUUGAAGGAGUUGAUAAAGACGAAAGCUUCCGCAUUGAAGCGUCCCGAGGUCGCGCGCGCCUUUUCAGCUAGACGGCAACGACGGAGAACAUGAUGAAAACGCCGUGGCUGUUCCGAACAGCCACAGGCUUUUCGUCGCGAAUGUUGUCCGUUUCUGGCAACGGCCGAACCUCCUCGGCCGCUGCCAGAAACGUGAAAAAGCGCGCUGAGAAAAUUAAAUUUAGCAGGUUGGGUGUUUUGACCCAACCUGCACAAACCUGCGGCGCAGGUUGGGUCAAAACACCCAACAUCCUAAAUUUAAUUUUCUCGGCGCGCUUUUUCACAAAAUAAAAUUUUCGCAACAUGUUGUCCCUCAGCUGAAAAUCGCAAAAAAAAUCAGAAUGCCCCCAAAACAAAUUAACCUCCGCGCCGCGGUUCCGCCUUCGGGCCCCGCUUCUUCUUGGCCCGGGUGCCUUAGGGGUAGGCCCCCCACGUCAUAUUCCGACUGCCCGCGCGCUAUGGUGUGUGUGUGGAGGCUGCUUGGGUUUUUCUGUGUUGUUUCACCAGGCCAGAGAUGGCUACUUGAUUUCAUUUUUGGAACCCUUCCGGUGUUGAUUGUUUUCAUUUUUCGGAUUAGAAAUUGUCUUCCGACUUUGAUUGAGACACGCAGGGAACUGAUAGCUCAGCGAAUGGUUGUGCCCUGGCGGUCGUGUCAGCGAUGCGAGAAACUUCGUUGGCACUGAGGUGGGGAGGGGAUUUGGAGGGUGUGGCGUAUGUUCAUAUAGGUGGCGUUUCAUAUCAAUAUCUAUUGAGGAUUUUUCAAUAUUUCGAGCAAAUGCAAAUACGCAUGUUUGGCGAAUAGUGGAUCCAUAGCUCGCUUCCGCAAUCUUCUCCGGGUACCUGUGUCCAGAGGUAGAACUGGCAGCUCUAGGUGGUGAAAUAAGCCAGCAGGAACGAGCUGAAUUACAGAAUUCGCAUCACCAUCACGUGCCAGCAAAUAGAAGAUACGGUGCCGGUGGCGCAGAGGAGUCGGAGUCCGUGACUGAACUCUUCGGGAACGCUGACUACGCGUCACGCGGAGCGAAAUUGUGUGCGAGAGCAAAGGCAAUCGCAAAUGAUGUGCAGGACGAUGAAAUUGGUGACGUCGGCCGCUCCAACGUAGUACCGGAACAAAAGACAGCGACUGACGCGAAAACGCAGCCUGUAGCUUCCCCAUCAGUUGCCGCCCCGUCGGCGCAAACGCUUCUGCUCGACUGGAUGGAACAGAUCGGGGAUGUUAGGAAUCUUGUCUCGCGCUCUGCAGCCUUUUCAACAGGGAAUGAAAGAAAUGAUGCAGCGCACGAAGAACAAAGGCACAGAACUCGACCAACAGGUGCAGGUCAACCUGUGCUCCCAGCUGCAAGUAGCUUGCAAAAUACGCCGUAUUGCUACGCAGCGUCGGACUUUCUCGUCGAUCACGAGAAGAAGUCAUCUUUGUCCGGUUCUACACCAACUCGGGACCGGCACUCGGAAGCAGUAGAAGUUUCCGACAAUGAAUCACCUGACGAAGGCUCAUUUGCGUUUGAAUUUUCCGAGACAAUGCGACAACGGUGGUCGGCAGGCGUGGCGACUCGACGAGAGGAACGGGACAAAGAAGCGGAAGGUGGUGGCAAAGCUACCACGACCCCGCUCAUUCCGCAGGGCCCCGCGGUAGACAGCGGAGUGCUGCCCUGCGAGGCGCAAUUUUUUCUGGAGAGUGUCCGGGACCAAAACUGCAACGUCAUAGUCGAAACGGGCAUUUUCCAGGGCAGCAGCACCGAGUACUGGUGUCAAUAUUUUGAAGGAGCAGGGGAAAAUCCUCAACGUGGCCGUGUCUUCGCUAUCGAUCGGGCGUUGCCGGCAGGUCGGACACCCGACAGUUACUGCACGAAAGUGGUGGAGGACGAUGGAGCAAGAAGUGCAUCAAGUAGAGAAACUACGCAAACUGCUCAUAUUCACCAAAUCCAAUCCCAGCCCAACUUGCUGCGGAUCUUUGAGGGUGACGCCUUCGAUCUGGUUCCCAUGCUGCUCGCGCAACUGCAGCAACAGAACCGACAAGUUUUUGGAAUGGACGAGGAAGUUGGAGAUCAUGGCGAUCGACGUGAAAAAUCUGUUCAAAAUAUACAAGAGCAUCCACUGCAGAACCGCGUCUGUCUCUUUCUCGACGGGCCCAAGGGCGCGGUGGCGGUGCGGUGGGCCGAGGAACUGUUUGUCAGGUUUGCGAACCUGAUAAAAAUCAUCGGCUUUCACGACAUGCACGCCGAGGUGAAGACGGAGAACUACUUUGUGGAGGAAGCACGCAUGAGAGAAAUCCUGUCAGAUGAUUCUCCUCCGCCAGCGAGGACUGGAACGAAAGACAUAACCACUUCGGAGUCACCUUCACCUACUUCCACUUCUGCAUCAUCUCCGCCACAGCCGCACAAGAACCUAGCACGUCUCCGAUUGCUAUGAGGCAGAGAGCAACUCUUCUGAGGUACGUAGGUUUUUUUUUUCGGUUGAUGCCAUGCCUCGAUUGGGAGCUGCUAGUAUGUCAAUGUCAAUCCCCUGGGAAAAAUCCUUCAUGGCGUCGGCGGCACAUGAAGAGUGUGUGAUGGGUCGACCUCGACUUUUAUUGCAUGAGCAGAAAAAACAGCUCUUUCUUGUAUACCGAGGGAUCUUCGCGGAGCAGCUUCUUCCAAGUCAAUAUAUUCUCAACGGUCGUGUACAACUAGGAAUUCUAGUGCAAGAAAGUCAGUCACAUUCUCACGUGUCACAAGAAAGGGUGUCUCUGCGUCUACUUCCAUAGUCCGAGAAGAGUCGACAUCCGACGAGAUUUACAGAAGACGGUCCUGGCAACCACGUUGUGGGUAUUAUGUACCCAGCGGAGAAGUAGUCGGAUGAGCAUGAAGCUGCAAGAACUACAAGACGAGAAGUUUUUUUAUCAGCAGGAGAUCACGACGUAGUGUAUUUUAAUAUAGGUUCCUGUCAUAGAUUUCGCACAAUUUCAACUUGUUGUACGAAUCGCGGGAUCUUUCUACGUUCGCACGAUGAACAAACAUCAGAAACGCAUAAACUGUUAGUUCUUGUUAUCCAGCCGUCAAGAAGUAUGCACUUCUCGCAGGUCUUGUUGUGAUUCUUGACAUGAUGAUGACAAGAUGAACUGGU